CACGUUCAAGUAUCACAGAGAAAAAGUAGUGGGAGAAGAGGAGCCGAGUAGAGGUUAAAAAAAGAAUUGUUUGACUUUUUCCGAUUGUCUUCUAAGUUUUGUAAAAAUCACAUUUCCAAAUAUGGCUAGUGACAAAAAACCCGUAAAAUCAUUAGGAAAAGGUGCUAAAACUAAUGAAGAAAUCCUCGCUGGAUUUCAAACACUUCGCAAUGAUCAGAGAAUGAUGGCUACUAAAUUAUCGGAAAUGGAAAUGGAAUUGAAUGAACACAAAAUUGUCAUUGAUACAUUGAAGAAUGUUGAUCCUAAAAGAAAGUGCUACAGAAUGGUUGGGGGAAUUUUAUGCGAACAAGUCGUUGGAGAAGUUUUACCUGGACUUGUUACAAAUAAAGACAGGUUGAUAAAAGUUAUUGAGACACUGAAUGAACAAUUGGAGAAAAAGGGUAAGGAGAUAAAUGAAUACAAAGAGAAAAACAACAUUAGGAUACGAGGAUUAGAUGAAUUGCAGCAAACUGAAGAUGAAUCUAAAGAACCUAAAAGAAAUGCUCUUGUAGUUAAUCCUAUUGAAACUUAAUCAUUAUUAUUGUGUAAUUGUUUACCCUUUUUUUUUAUGUCAUCAUUAAUUAUAAAUCAUUUGUAUCUUUUAAUUUCAUCUGUCAGAGUACCGAUUUUAACACAAGUCUGAUUUAAUAAUGACAUUAAUUUUCAAUAGCUCUGAGUAAUUAAUUAAUUUGUUUUUUUUUUUCUCUGCAUAGAAUAAUAAUUUUCUUGUAAAAAGAUAAAAGCAAUAAAACAUGUUUAUUAAUUUAACACUU